AUGGGUCAGAAGGCGGGGAGGAUCUUCUUGAAGCGCCAGCUGUUCAGCAUGGAGAUGGCGGUAGGCGGCAAUGUGAUGCAUCAUUGCAACGAAGUCCUCAACAUCAGCGCGAAGCUCAGCAGCAUCGGCGCCAAGAUGGAGGACGAGGACGUGGCGAUCUGCUUGUUGCGCAGGCUCCUUAAGAGCUACGAUAAUGUCGUUCUCAACUUGGAGAUGAGCAGCGCGGAACUGCGAUCGCGAGACGUCGUGAGAGUGCUCACGAAUGAGCACAUCAAGAGGCAAGGUGACAAGACGACAUCGGUGAAGACUGAAGAAGCGGCGAAGUCGUUCAGUACCGAGCGCGAGACUCGCCAGUGUACAUACUGCGAGAAAUUGGGGCAUGCGGCCGAGCGGUGCUGGACCAAGAAGAAAGAAUAA